CGGUUUCUUUAUUAUAGAAGUAACAUAAUUGUUGAAACAAAUUAUAGCCAAUCAAAAUAAAAUGGACGAAAAAAUAGCAGAAAACCAAAGACAGGUUGAAGGCCGCUUGGAUGUGCUGGAUCAUCGCAUUGAUGCUAUGGAAAAGGUUUUGUGUGAAAAUAUGACUAACAGGAACGAGACAAUGGCUCAAAAUCGCCUGAUGCGGGAGUGUAAAAUAAUUUUGGCGAAGGUGCAGCAGUCCGUGGGAAAAAUUACCGGCGACAUCGUUGAUGAAGCAAUAGUGGAAGUUGCUAGCGUACUUCCGCUUUUUACAAUAGAUGCAGCAAUGGAAGUGGAGGAAAAGCUGAAUGAGCAUGAAUACGCCACUGCAAUGAAAACGCACAUACACACACUGAAGGGCGCUUCUGGAGACGUGGAUCCAGUUAUGCGAAAAUUAUUUGCGGACGAACUGUUGUAUUUUUACAAUUGGGAUGGCAGAAAGGAAAAAAAAGCGUUGUCUAACCUAAAUUUAGUCAACCAGAUUUUAUUUGACGUGUUUGUGACAAAAGGUCGACUGCAGCUUGAAAAAGAGGUGAAGAAAGCCGUGGAACUCAGCCACAAUCGAUUUAAACAUAAGAAAAAAAAUAAUCCGGUAAAACAAUUGUAA